AUGGAAAAAUAUUCGCAAUAUCGAGAUCGUGGAUCCGGCAUAGCUCCAUUCUUCCCAAUCUCGUCGCAACCCGCAGGAAUAUAUCUACCAGUCCAUAUAUUCCUUUUCCUCUUCAAACUACCAUUUCUCCUCACAAUCUCGACGACAUACUUCCUAUUUCUGCAAUGGUUUCCACUCGGAUCUCUACUCAAGAAAGCUAUUUUAUGGAUGAUAUUGGGUAUACCUGGAAUCUGGUGGAUUGAUCUACAAAUCGAUGGUGUCAAGAAAGGGUCAUUAGCAAAGAAACAUGGAGGACGAGUACCGGAACCAGGAGACGUCAUAGCAUCCUCUUUUACCUCCCCGAUUGACUCGCUAUAUCUCGCGGCUAUUUUCGAUCCCAUCUUCACCGUAUCUUAUCCUCAUACUCGCCAGGUUCAAUAUAUUUCUUUGUUUGGCGCCAUGUUCCGGGCUCUUUCAGGACCAGUGGAAUAUCCACCGAAAGGAGCCAAAAUGACGGACUUGAAGACUUUGGUAGCUGAGCACCCAAAAAGAGUUAUUGUGGUGUUUCCAGAAUGUACGACAACAAACGGGAGAGGAAUCAUGCCGUUUAGUCCAAGUCUUCUCACAACGCCAUCAAGGACCAAGAUAUUUCCAGUCAGUCUGAGGUAUACGCCAGCAGAUGUCACGACUCCAGUACCAGGACAAUAUUGGACAUUUAUUUGGAAUCUUCUCUCUCAAUCCACUCAUUGCAUACGAGUACGCAUUGCAGAGGUGGUAUACAACGACUCGCAGUCAUUAGAUACGGCAGCUGAGAAGAAAGAGAAAUAUCUGUCGAAUUUUAUGGACACAUUAGGGGAGGAUUCGGCAAUGACGAGUAGCUCGGAUACUUUGACAAGUUUGAACGAGCAGUCAAGUGAUCUUAACGAUCAAGAAAAGAAAGUUUUGGACAAAAUUGGGGAGGCUUUGGCAAGAUUAGGUCGAGUAAAGCGGGUUGGAUUGACCAUAAAGGACAAGGCUGCUUUUAUUAACGCCUGGUCGAAGCGGCGGUAG